ACCGGAAGUGGGUUGAAUGAGGAAGACAAGAGGGCAAGGCGAGGGAGACGUGAGAGGGAAAGAGAGAGAGAGGGAUUGAAACGCCGUCUUCGUACUGCUUACAUUCCGUUUGCUCACAUUCCAGUCCAAGGAUUUUGACCAAGUUCGCCAGCGUCACUUUACCGGAGAAUCGGAUGUACUAACCUGCAAUUUAGAAAGUAGUAAGAUCUGCACUGAAGAAUCAUCAAAGACACACCAUCGUCCCUUCCUUGGAUCUGUUGAAUUAAAAAAGUAAAAUGGCCGGAAUGAACAGCGUCGAGGCGGUGAAGCGCAAGAUUAAAGUUUUGCAGCAACAGGCGGAUGAGGCCGAAGAGAGAGCUGAGAUCUUGCAAAGACAGGUCGAAGAAGAGAAACGAGCAAGAGAACAGGCUGAGGCGGAGGUGGCCUCCCUGAACAGGCGUAUCCAGCUGGUUGAGGAGGAGCUGGACAGAGCCCAGGAGAGGCUGGCCACUGCUCUGCAGAAGCUCGAGGAGGCAGAGAAGGCUGCAGAUGAGAGCGAGAGAGGCAUGAAGGUCAUUGAGAACAGGGCCGCGAAGGAUGAGGAGAAGAUGGAGCUGCAGGAAAUCCAGCUGAAGGAGGCCAAGCACAUUGCUGAGGAGGCUGACCGCAAAUACGAGGAGAUGGCUCGUAAGCUGGUGAUCAUCGAGGGAGACCUGGAGCGCACGGAGGAAAGGGCAGAGCUGGCUGAAGCCAAAUGUGCCGAGUUGGAGGAGGAGCUGAGAAAUGUCACCAAUAACUUAAAAUCCCUGGAGGCCCAGGCUGAGAAGUACUCCCAGAAAGAGGACAAGUAUGAAGAGGAGAUUAAGAUCCUGACGGACAAACUCAAGGAGGCUGAGACCCGUGCUGAGUUUGCUGAGAGAUCCGUGGCCAAGCUGGAGAAGACCAUUGACGAUCUGGAAGACGAGCUCUAUGCCCAGAAACUGAAGUACAAGGCCGUUAGCGAGGAGCUGGACCAUGCUCUCAAUGACAUGACCUCCAUAGAGGCUGGCCAAUGCCAAGGAAGAGAAUGUCAAGAUCCAUGCCACCCUGGAUCAAACCCUGCAAGACCUCAACAGCUUCUAAGCCCCUUGGCGCUACCACUGGAGCCUCUGGCCCUUCCCCUCCUCUCUACAACCCCAUUGACCCCUCCCUUUCUCUCUCUCUGUGCUGGAUGACUUGCGUUGGGGUUCGUAAGAACUGGCUGGUAUUGUAUUUGGUGGAGGUAGCACUUGCUCCGGUCCUUAUCUGGGUCCACAUAUUUUUGUGUUCUAAGAUCUCAAUGCAGUCCUCAGCAUGUGAAGUUUUCUUUGCUUUGUGUUGCCUCUAGCUUUAUUUUUAUGUGUGCGCUAGUAUAUAAAUAUAUCUAUCUCUUCCCUUCCAAAAAGGGCAAUAUAUUCAUAUAUCCUGAAGCACCAGUGUCUUAAACGUCUCUCACACGGUGAGACUUCAGAUUUUGAUACAUUCCAGCCGAAGUGUGCAAUUUGCAGUCCAUCAGGAUUAUGGUGUUACACAGUGGAUCAUCUCAUAUUGCCAGAGCACUACUUCAUGUCUUCACUCCCGCAGUCUUAGAUUGCGUUUGGAGGGUUUUUCUGCGUCUGAGCCUAAAAUUGGAGCAGAGUGCGUCCUCUGGGAAGGGAGACUUGCAGAGCAGGCAGAGUGGAGACAACUGAAAUGGAGCGACCCAUUUCUCUUAUCUGGUCUCCGCGCAGGCUUUUCAACGGGACCAUUCGGGAUCUUGGAACACAACCCCUAUUGUCCUUCCCCCGCUUACUCAUUGCGCAACCUGUUAUUGAAUUUCCUUUUGCUUUAAGUUCCUGCACCUGUUGUCCUUUGAAAAAAAAAAAAGAACAUUAAUGCAAUUAAAACAUUAAUGCAAUUAAAACAUUAAUGCACCCCUACUUAAAGGAGCACCAUUUUAUUACCAAUAUCUUAACUGUGCCAAUUACAAUGGGACCAUAAUUGUAUUACUUUAGUUAAGCGUUGUUUAAAUAGAAAUGAAAGGGGGGUUGGCAUAUCAUUUCUUGUAUAAGGGAGACGUCUUCUGUUUGGGUUUAAACCUUUUUUUCUAGAUAUUGAGCCAUGUCCCACAAAGGGUCAUUUAUGCUAUCUAAGCAGCAUUGAACGGUUUCAUUGAAUUCCCCCAACUGCUUGUAAGAUCAGGAGAAUGUGCAUGGUUCCAUUGUAGUCUUAACUUUUUGGGAUUGUAUAUCAUUAUAUCUGGUGAGGUCAAGGGGUGGUAAAUUCCAUAGUGUUCUGUUUACCAGCCUUUACCCCUCUGCUGUAUUGGUUAAGUUGUAAGAUGUUUUUUGUUUUGUUUUUGGUGAAACUGCUUGAGGGUGGGAGAUAAAAAGGGGUGAUGAGAAUCACAUUCCACUGCUAAACUGGAAGCCAUGAGGCCGCUGUGGAGAGUAAGGGGAGAUAUACAAACUUGGAGGGAGCGAUCCAAACAUCUCACAAUGCCACUCUAAGUUUUUUUUUUUUCCCUGUCUUUGCAAGUCAAAAGAACUGCAAAUCUUUAAAGUGAAUUAAAUGAGAAAUAAAGUUUAUCAAUAACAUUUUAACUGGAACUUAUCCUGGAGUUUCAAGAUGUAAACAUUUUGUUAUCAACAGUAUUUCAUUGUAACAAUCAUGACUCAAAACAUGGACAUAAGAUUCUUUUUUAAAAAAAAACAAUAAAGGACAAUGAUUGAAUUUGA